UCCCGCACUGAAGCCGCCUGUCAUCGCUCGACAUCACACAGAGGAUUUGCUACAAUGUCAAACAUCCACGAGCACCGUGAGCUCACGGCUUCCCCGCGCCACAAUGACAAACCCCGCCGCGUCCUCCUGCUCAUCCUCUAAAUACAGAAGUGCGUCCACUCUUUAUGGCUCUAUUCAGUGUUCCUGCACAGGAUGCGUCUGAGCAGGUCUAUGUGAGUGUGUAAGCCAGGUCGGAGGUCAUGCUGCGGAGUGAAUCGGACUCCCGCGGCCUCUUUUCCUCCGGAGAGACGUCUGACAAUGACUGUGAGAUGGGGGCGAGUUGUGGAGAGGUAGAUGUGGUGUGUCUGUGCGAGGCCGGUCCCUGUACGCUUUAUUCAGAAGCACACACGCCUACGCCGGACACACUGCUGUGUGAACACUGUGGAAAAAACAGGGUCAUAAUAACCAGGUACUCCGAAGGAUACGGCACAGAGGAGGAGUGCGUGUUGUCUGACCCUCAGGGGGAGAGUGAUGCAGAUGCCGAUAUCGAAGAUACAGAUUGCAGACUCCAGGAGCCAGGUUCUCUCCAGCGAAUCAGCUCGCGGAGACGUAAGCGUCCGCGGGUGGCGCGGCAAGACACCACGGAGAGCGAGGAUGACGGCGGACGAAGUCACAGAUCACAUCGCUGGAACCUCCGGCUCAGUCCUGACAGAGCUCACAGCAGGACCAUACUGGAGGAAGCAUAUCACAGGUCAGACCUCUGGUCAUCUGCCGGCAAAACGUCGAGAGGCAAAAGAGUCCGGAGGAGCUGCCUCGAAGCUCCAAACGACUGAUGUCUCUGUGGCCAUCUUCCCUCUCUCUGCCUCUCUCAUCCUGCUCCUCCUGCUGCCUCUCUCUCCCUCUCCCUCAUCAUUGUCAUCGUGUCUUUCCUUUUACCGUGGGCCAGCGCUUGACCCAACGAACGCCUGUUUUUAGAGAAUAGUUUCAUGACAACAGUUCCACCAGAGCACAAAGAGGAGACAAAAAUAUGGUGCUUUUCACUGGGUGGAAACAUAUAGAUG